AUGUUCUACAAUAUCAUCAACUCGGAGCGUCGGGCCGGAGAUUCUGUAGCGGUCACCAGCCCCAGGACUAAUGAAGCCCUAUGGGAUGUGGCAGUUGCAGAUGAGACGGAUCUUGACGAUGCAGUCGAAGCUGCAAGGGUGUCAUUUAAAUCGUGGAAGCUGUUGUCUGUCGAAGCAAGACAGAAAUAUCUGCUCAAGCUGGCAGAUGAACUCGAACAGCGAAGAAGUGAGAUACAUGUCCCUCUGGCAGCGGAGACCGGAAAAUCCAACCUCCUCGCAAACAUAGAGAUUGAUGAUACUUUGGCUUUUAUCAGAUUUAAUGCGUCUCAGUCAUUGCCUGAUAAAGUGGAAUACGAAAACGAUAAACUCAAGAUCGUGUCUACCCAUCAUCCCAUAGGAGUGGUGGGUGCGAUUUGCCCUUGGAAUUUUCCGCUCGUGUUAGCCGCCGGCAAGAUUGCUGCAGCACUCGUCAUGGGAAAUUGCAUACUUGUCAAGCCAUCGCCAUUCACUCCGUGUGCUACUUUGAAGUUCGCUGAGCUUGCGACAUCCGUGCUUCCGCGAGGCGUACUCCAGGCGCUCAACGGAGACAACGAUAUGGGAAGGCUCAUGACUAUUCACCCAGGAAUUGACAAGAUUAGUUUCACCGGGUCCAUUGCGACUGGGAAAAAAGUAGCGGAAAACGGGGCCAAGACUUUGAAACGCGUCACACUUGAGCUUGGUGGAAACGACGCAAGUAUCGUCUGCCCCGACGUCGAUAUCGAAAACGUUGCUCCUAAAGUUGCUGCUGGGUCCUUUUUUCAUUCGGGCCAAAUGUGCGUUGCUACCAAAAGAAUUUAUGUGCAUGAGGCUAUUUUCCAAGAAUUCCGGGACGCCUUCAUGGAGGCAGUCAAGAACAUCAAAAUCGACCUUUCCGGGGACGAGUCGCCUCUGUUCAGUCCCAUUCAAAAUAAGAUACAGUACAACUUGGUCAAAGAUAUCAUUUCGGAUUGCAAGGAAAGGAAUUAUACGUUGCUUUGUGGGGGAGAUACGGACGAGCAGCCCGGGCUUUUCAUCGCACCUGUGGUUAUAGACCAACCACCACAUGAUUCUCGCAUCGUCCAAAUGGAGCAGUUCGGUCCUAUCAUUCCGCUUACAAAGUGGUCUACUGAGGAUGAAGUGAUUUCGAAGGCAAAUGGGACAGAUACUGGCUUAGGAGCCUGCGUGUGGGCCAAGGAUACCAGUACCGCGGAGCGGAUUGCGCGAAAACUCGAAGUUGGAACAGUAUGGAUCAAUAGCGCUGAAGUACCCAAUCCAAAUGGCUACAUUUCUGGCUGGAAGCAAAGUGGGAUUGGGGGUGAGUGGGGGAACCAGGGCUUGCUGUCGUACUCUCACACUCAGACAAUUCAGUUAUACAAGUAA